AUGUCUUUCAACGUCUUCGGCGAUGACCUCGAGAGGACCGCCACCAACGCAUCAAAUCGUUAUAAGGACUAUCCCGAGUUUGAGUCCAUUUCCACCUCCAUCGACAACCAGCUCCAGCACAUAAACCACGUCCUUCUUGUGGCUGCUAAAGAGGCAAUCAGCGACUUGGAAACAGACCAGAGUGAUACCAAGUCGUUGGAGAACGUUAACAAGAGCUUCAACAGGAUCACUGAUAGCUUUAAGAAGUUGAACUCCUCCAUCAAGUCUUUGAACGCCUACAUAACACAGAGCGAAUCAGAACACGAAGAUGUGGAAGUCAUAGGGUUAUUCAAGCAGAAGGAGACCAUAUUGAUCAAGUUGACCAAAGACAGCUUGAACAACUUCAAGAACUGCCAACGCAGAUUCGAGUCGCUCAAUAUCGCUAACGGCCAGGACUUGGAGGCUCCCUCAACUCCUGGCAAUGGCCCCUCCGAACAACUCCAGCAACAGGUCCAAAUUUCGUACGAGCCGGUGAAUGCCGAGGAGUUAGAACAACAGACGCUACUUAUCCAGGAACGUGAGCGGGAAAUCCACCAGAUUCACCAGGACACCUUGGAGAUCAACGACAUUUUCGAGAACUUAUCAUCCAUCGUGAACGAGCAACAAUUCCAGAUCGACAGCAUAGAGAACAAUUUGUUCAGCUACGACGCAGAUGUCAGGAAUGCUUCCAGCGAGUUGAGGAAAGCAGAGAGGUACCAGAGAAGAUCUGGAGGCCGGAUGUUUUGUUGUUUGAUUAUCUUGUUGGGAAUUGUUGCAUUUAUCAUUUUGGUGGGUGUGAUUUUCUGA